AUGGUCAUCAAAGUACAAUCAGUUGAGGAGAAACAGCCUUCAAAUGUGGUAUUGAAAAAGUUUGCAAGUGCUGGGUUGUCUUGUGCGAUUGUUUCCUCAAUAUUGAAUCCUUUUGAUGUCAUCAAAAUUCGGUUGCAGUUGAAUGAUGAGAAAGCAAAGUUGUAUACAUUGCAAGGUGGACAUUUUCGUCAAGUGGUAAAGACCAUCAUUCAAAAUGAAGGUGGUGUAAUAUCACUGUGGACACGAGGAUUAACAGCAUCAAUUAUGCGAGAAAUAACCUAUUCAAGUUUGAGAAUUGGACUUUAUGAAGCAAUAAGAAAUUACAACCACAAAGACGAUAAGCGGAAACCAUCGCUUGGUAAAAAGAUUCUAUCUGGUGCAUUAGGAGGUGCUGUAGCAAGUAGUUUAACGAAUCCCUGUGAUGUUGUCAAGAUACGUCUACAAAAUGAACGUGGAAAAACGACAGGACAACGAUAUUCAAAUACAUUUAGUGCAUUCUCAACAAUAUUGAAAGAAGAAGGUUUCUUUCGCGGAUGGUAUCAAGGCGUCUCAGCAACGGUUCUGAGAGCAGCGAUUUUAACGGCCAGCCAGCUUUCAACUUACGACCAUAGCAAAGUAAUAUUAACUGCUAAUUUUCCACAAUAUUUUCAACAGCAUCACCCACAAACGCACGUUGUAAGUGCACUAAUAAGCGGUUUAGUGACAUCGUUAAUAACUCAACCAUUUGACUGUAUCAAAACUCGUUAUAUGAAUGAUCCAAAUCAAAUGUACUCAAACGUGUACGAUUGCGUUCUGAAAACAAUUAAAAAUGAAGGGAUACUUGCGUUUUACAAAGGUUUUAGUGGCUACUUUUUACGUUUAGGUUCACAUUUUAUAAUGAGUUUGCCAUUAUUAGAGUUUAUUAGAAUGCAUUUAUUCCAGCUACAACCGAUUUAA